AUGUCGACAGAUGUAGAUAAACCGUCCGAAAAUUCACUCAAGUUAAACACAAAAGAUGUGUCUAUAGAGGAUUCCUCAACAAUAUUUGAAAAACUGGACAAACUAUUCACUACAUUUAAAAAUAAGAAAUACUACAGAAAAUAUAAACCAAAGUCACAACUAAUAACAAUCCCAAAGUUUUAUUAUAAAUUUAAAAACUGUUACAAGUCUAUAGAUUUUAACGACAUUCCAUAUAGUCCAUCAACAAGUAGGUUAGAAUAUAACUUUCUUGAUAUUUUCUUCAACCUGGUAAGGAAAGGGUUUGGAAUAUCACAGAUUGUAGGAUCUAGCGGAUCCGGAAAGACUUCAAUUUGUCUGAGAAUAGCGGAAAACUUUCCAGGAAUUGCGUUGUAUCUGGAUACAGGCGGUUCAAUAGAUCCCAUAACAUCUCCACAUACGCAUAAAUUCAUCCCACUCAGACUGUAUACGUGUGAAGAACUGUUGCUGUUUUUGAACCAUUUUGAGUCGAGCUUGUCAGAAGACAAGGAGUUAUCGGAACGCCUUAAAAUAAAGGCGAGAUCAGUUGAGAUGUUAAUAGUGGAUUCACUGUGGAUAAUAGACCAACUAGAUAAGUUUCAACAGCAGAUUUUCCUGUAUAAUUUGUCCUCAGUGCUCAAGAGGAUUUCGUUCAAUUAUGAUAUAUGUAUAAUAGUGUGUAUAAACAGCACAGUUAAAUCAAAUACUUUGAAACCAAUAGUGAAAUCAGAAUUAAAAGGGUUAAUUAAAGAAACAGUGUCAAGUUUCCAGACGACAAAACAGCCCAGGAAUAUUUAUGUAAAAUGGAAUUGUAACUGUAACGCACAGUUUCUGUUAUCAUACAAAACAUUGAAUUUCAGACCGAGUAACCUUUCAAUAGAAGAUAGCGAGUAUCCACUGAAACUAAACGAAAUCUACACGUACCAUCCCUCAGACGAGUUGCCAUGGAGACCACCUGAAGUUGAUCAGUUUAGAAAUUUUCUAAUUAGCUCAAAAACAAGGUCAACUAGAGAUUCAAGUACAGGGUAUAUAAAUUUAUGUAUAAUUAGAGGACAGACAGGAAGUGGGAAGAUGACGACAAUAAGAAAACUGUGUAAUGAUUUGAGAAUAAGAUUAAUAGAGUAUGACCCAUUUAACGUAGUUCCAAAUACGCAAGUUGAGUUUGAUUACACAAUUGAUAGUGUGAUAAGGUUCCUACAAAGUUCACUGUCCAGGAGAUGUUUGAGGACUACAGCACCAGAAAAGAUUACUACGAACGAGAAAAUAUUAGUUGGAUCAAGGAAAAUUAAGAGAAUUAAGUCUGAAGUUAGUAAAUAUGAUGGAUCAGGUGCAGGUGGAUUAACAGGAACUAUGAAUUCAGGAGGUCCAGAAGAAGGCCAGCUAGUAUUAAUUUCAGAUUUGCCAAGAGGAAUUCUGAAUUGCAAAUACUCAAAUCUAUACCCAUUACAAAGUUUACUAAGGGAAGUAGUGAUAUCAGAUACGAUGUACCCACUAGUGAUUGUGACAUCAAACUCAAAUGAAGACUAUUUAAUUCUUAGGCGAAUAAUGCCGCCAAAUUAUUUAAAAAAGUCAAGGUGCCUAUUAAUUAACAUUAAGGAAGUCACAAGAGCUAAAAUGACGUCAUUGCUAAAUGUAACCAAGAAGAACAAGCUACUUAACUAUUUGAUGGACUCGUCAGGAGGAGAUAUUCGCUACGUCAUAAAUAAUAUGCGUUUUUAUCAGUGCGAUCCUAAUUUGGAUAUAGAUUUCGAAUGUGAUUCCAAAGAAGAAACAAUUAAAGAUUAUAUAUUGGAAAGAAAUAACCUCAACAACUUUGACUUGUUGGGGAAAAUUCUGUAUAAUAAGCGGAUUCCGGCAGUGUUGAAAGUAAAAAACGAGACUCCAGAAGAGGAAUUGACUGGAGAUUUCAAGUUUUUAGAGUGUUUUAGCCUCUCAAGACCCAUAAAUAUCCAGUCAUCUCAGUCUUAUGAGACCAUUAAUAUGACAUCGACUCCUGUAAAGAGAAAGGAAUGCUCUCCGCGUAAUAGUCAGUCGGCUGUAAGUAGAAUAAAUAGUAGCAGAGAAAGACAGAACCCAGAUUCCAUACCAGUGAUAGUUAAAAUGUUUGGACUUGUAAGUGAGUUUGAUUUUACGAGACCAGUGUCGUACACAAGGUGGCCGGUAUUGACUCCCGAACCAGACGUAAUUAGGUUUAGGCAGACUUCGGAUAAAAUGAUACCUAAGCUAACAAGGCCAGUCUUGUAUUAUAGUCCUGAAAAAAUGGUAGACUCUAUUAAAUCAGACUCAAACUACUUUGCAAACUCGAUUUUUGAUAACUAUUCAGACCUCUACGGGCACAUUGACGACUGUGCAUCAAUGCUUAAGCAUUUUGUAAUUGCUGAUGUUUACCAGUCAAACCCCAAGAACAUAAACGACUCUGAUGUUUCUAGGAUAUUUUUGGCGAUUUGCAUAAGAGCGGCGGCUGACAGUAACAUAUAUGGCUUCGAAAGUCAUAAGCAAAAGUUCCACACAUUCAUCACACACAAGUCAAAAUCAGAGUAUAUCAGAGCAAUGUUUCAGGAUCUUAGGUCAGAAUCGAUAGGAGGAGACGGCAGUAAGCUCUAUUCUAAGGAUGUUCUGUUUACUGAAAUAAUACCUGCACUUUCAGUGGCGACGGUGAGCCAAAACGAGUCAAGUGAAGACGUAACACAAACAUUAUCGAUAGAUGAGGACUAUAACAUAAAUGACGUGAUGGAUAAGGUUGAGAAGAUUCUGGAAGGAAGGCAGGAGACGGUACAUAAGCUAAAAACACUUGAACAGGAGACAAUUUUCACGCCAAAAUUUAAUGAAAUUUUACAGGAAAUCACAAACCACUACUAUUCAUGGGAUAAACACUCACAGGAAUCUAUAUAA